GAUAAGAGUUAGAUUUCACCAAAAAGGGGUAGUUGGGGAUAUCAUGUGUUGCUGGUGUGGGGAACAGGAAGAGGAUCUUGAACACUUAAUCUUUAAGUGUGAAUGAGCUCAAAAGGUUUGGAAGUUGGUUGGGUUAACAUGGAAUAAACUGCAUAAAGAUCAUGUUUGUUACCAAGAUUGGUGCGAGGACUUAUCCAGCAUGAAAGACAGUGAGGAAAAUAAAAAUAGAACUGCCUUAUCAACCUAUCUUCUAUGGUGGAUGUGGAGGACAAAGAGCAACUGGAUCUUCAAGAAAGAGAUGAUCACAGAACAACGUUUGGUAAAAGGUGCAAAAUUGGAAUGAAUAGAGUAUGAGAGCAUCAAGGGGCUAAAUGACCAGAUUGGAAAAAGGAGACAAAUAGCUGGGUUGAGACAGGGAGUAGAGGGUCACCUUAGGGGAACUCAUCUUGAGUUUUUGCCCAUAUUUUGUACUCGCUCUGUACAUUGAAGUCGUAUUAUUGAAAUUUGAAAAGAAAAAAAAAAGGUCUAGAACAUUGAAGCCACCUCCAUAUUCACAUAACAGUACAACCUAGUCUGCGUAAUGUACAAGUUAUAUCUUUAAUACAUCCGACCGUCAUCAAGGAAAACAAAAGCUAUUUCACAACCCACUUCUACUAUUUCCUUUUGCUCACGUUGCCUUUUCCACAAAAUCCAGAUUCCAGUCUGAACUUUUUUAUGGUAUUUUCAUUUUGCAAUUAAUUAGUACACAUACGUAUACGUGCUGUGAUUACAUCUGUCUCAGAUCUGUUCCGUAGUUUGUCGGUUGAAUCUAAGUCAAUUGUUAGGUUUCUGAAGAAAAUUGGGGAUCUUUUGCAACGACAUGGAAUCAUCAUCAGGGGCAGCGCCAGAAUUCGAUUAUCUGUUUAAGCUGUUGAUGAUCGGAGAUUCUGGGGUUGGAAAAAGUAGCCUUUUGCUCAGCUUCACGUCUGAUACUUUUGAAGAUCUCUCUCCUACCAUUGGAGUUGAUUUCAAGGUAAAACAUGUAACUCUUGGAGGGAAAAAAUUGAAGCUUGCGAUUUGGGAUACUGCUGGACAGGAAAGAUUUAGGACUUUGACUAGUUCAUACUACAGAGGAGCUCAAGGAAUCAUCAUGGUUUAUGAUGUGACAAGGCGAGACACCUUUACGAAUCUUUCGGAUAUUUGGGCCAAAGAAAUUGACCUCUAUUCAACGAAUCAAGAUUGUAUUAAGAUGCUAGUUGGCAACAAAGUCGAUAAGGACAGUGAAAGGGUUGUGAGCAAAAAGGAAGGAGUCGACUUUGCAAGGGAGUAUGGCUGCUUGUUCAUUGAGUGUAGUGCCAAAACUCGAGUAAAUGUGGAAGAGUGUUUUGAGGAACUCGUCUUGAAGAUAUUGGAGACACCAAGUUUGUUGGCGGAAGGGUCAGCUGGUGUGAAAAAAAACAUCUUCAAACAGAAACCUCCUGAGUCGGAUGCAUCUGCUAGCGGUUGCUGCUGAGUCUUUUCUUGCUUUCAGUUUGGCUCGUUGAUGUAGCUCUCACUGUUGCUUUUUCAAUGUUUUCUUCAAGAACCUUGUGUAAAUGGGAAGUACUCCAACUAUCUAACGAGGCAUAUUGUUUGUUCAACAUCUUGUUUUUAGUUUGUGUUAAUUAAUAAUUAUAUAGAGGUGGAUGCAAAUGAAUAUUUCCGAAGGCGAAGUAAAUUCACUUGGUCACCUGCGCUAUUGAGUGCGCGACCAUAGGAGAUCAAAAGCCAUAUCACAAGGUGAAGAUAGGUUAUAUAUUUCAUCCUGAUAUUUAAAAUUAGGCUUAGUUUAAAUUUGGGCGCGUAGUACUACAAAUUCUUGGUCUUCAAAGGGUUUCCAUUGGCAAUACAUUAGUUUUGUAAAAUAUUGUUUUUUCUAAUAAUUUUUAUGAUGGCUUUCUAUUUGCUGUAACUUAAACCCUCGUCCAUGUUUCAGUAUCAUUCAAAGUAACAUUUUUUGGAUAUCAAUACACAGAAA